UUUCCCUCCCACGCCUCUCUCAAGUCCCCCGAUCUACUGAGGGCGGCAGCCUCUUCCUCCUCCUCCUCCUCCUCCUCCGUCUUUCCUCCUUCCCUCCCCACCCGGGUCGGAGGAGCCUUGCCUUGCCUUGCUUUGCCCUGCCUGCCUCCUCCGGCGACGGGGACCUCCCCCGCGCUUGCCACGAUCGCGGGAGGCACGCCGGGAGGGGCUGCUGCUCUUGCUGCUGCUGUGAAGCCGGCCAAGGGACCUCUCGUCCUUCCCUAUUGCCUGGAGGUUCCUCGCCUCUUCCUCCUCCUCUUGGGUGCCCUUUCGCCUCCUCCUCCUCCUCCUCCUCCUCCUCCUCCUCUCCUCCUCCUCCUCCUCCUCUUGGCGUGCCUUGACCCUCUAGGAGCCGAGCCAUGAGGCAUCCUCGCGAGCUUGGCUGCCACCACCCCGAGCUCCUCGACAGCAGCCCAGGAGGGACCUGUUGGCCGGCCAGGAAGUUCCAGGAGGCGCCUCUCCGAUGCUGAGGAACCCUGCGGAGCCCCCUCCCUCUUCCUCCUCCUUCUCUCCUUCUUCCUCCUCCACUUCCCUGGGAGACCCAACGCCGGAGACUUGCCUCCCUUCGCUAGGGGCUGCUGGACGGUGCUACUUCUUCUUCUUCUUCUUUUUCCUCCUCCUCCUCCUCCUGCUCCUGGGUGGCCUCCGCCCCUCCGCCCACCCUGGGAGACUCAUGGCCCACCCGGUGGCCCUCAGGACCUCCAAGAGUGGCCGGGUGCUGCUUCCUUGGGGCCACUGAUGCUUCCUGGAAGGAAGAGCGGGCAGCCUUAGCGGGGAGGCAGCCAGGAGGGGCCCCUUCGAGGAGCGCGCUGGACACGAGGAGCCCAGGACGGGGAGGCGGGCGAGAAGCGGGCUCCGGAAAGCCGCACAGACCCAGAAGAGCCGUGCACCCCUUCCUUGCAUACAGGCACCCCCUCCCUCCCGACCUCCUCCUCCUCUUCCUCCCUCCUCGCCUCCUCCUGGGCUGCCCGGACUUUCUGCCCUGCUCCCCCUCCCCUCCUCGGCUCUCCGGAUCAUGUCCGCUCGGCUGUUGCUGGGUGUCUUCCUCCUCUCCGUGCUCCAAGCUUGCUCAAGGAAGGUCGAAGAUGAUGACUUUGAGGAUUUUACGACAAACCAGAAAUGGGUAAUGUCUCCAAAAACACACGACACCGAUGUGACACUGUUGCUAAACAAGUUGCUAAGAGAAUAUGAUAAAAAGCUGCGGCCAGACAUUGGAAUGAAACCUACUGUCAUUGAUGUUGACAUCUAUGUUAAUAGCAUUGGCCCAGUGUCAUCAAUAAAUAUGGAAUACCAAAUUGAUAUAUUUUUUGCUCAGACAUGGACUGACAGCCGUCUCCGUUUUAACAGCACCAUGAAAAGAAGUCUCACCCUGAAUAGCAACAUGGUUGGGUUAAUUUGGAUCCCAGAUACCAUCUUCAGGAAUUCUAAAACUGCAGAAGCUCAUUGGAUUACAACACCAAACCAGCUCUUGAGAAUAUGGAAUGAUGGGAAAAUCUUGUAUACUUUAAGACUUACCAUCAACGCCGAAUGCCAGCUGCAGCUACAUAAUUUCCCAAUGGAUAAACAUUCCUGCCCGUUGAUAUUCUCCAGCUAUGGCUAUCCUCAAGAAGAAAUGAUUUACCGGUGGAGAAAAAACUCAGUAGAAGCAGCAGACCAGAAAUCUUGGAGACUGUAUCAGUUUGACUUCAUGGGUCUCAGAAAUACUUCUGAUAUUGUCCAAACAUCAGCAGGUGAUUAUAUAGUCAUGACUAUAUACUUCGAUUUAAGUAGAAGAAUGGGAUACUUCACAAUUCAAACAUACAUUCCCUGUAUAUUAACAGUUGUCUUAUCCUGGGUAUCAUUUUGGAUUAAAAAAGAUGCUACGCCAGCAAGAACAGCCCUAGGCAUCACCACAGUAUUAACCAUGACAACUCUCAGCACCAUUGCCAGAAAUUCCUUACCACGUGUUUCCUACGUCACUGCCAUGGACCUGUUUGUGACCGUGUGCUUCUUGUUUGUUUUUGCUGCUCUAAUGGAGUAUGCAACACUCAACUACUACUCAAGUUGCAGAAAGCCACACUGUACAAAGAAGAAAAAGUCGCUACCUGAUGUCAGUUUUGGUCACAUGAUGAAUUAUUCUGUACUAGAGAUGAGACCACCUCCUACAGUCAUCGCAUUGAAUAAUGCCAUGUACUGGCAAGAAUUUGAAGACAAUUGUAUUUAUGAAUGUCUGGAUGGGAAGGACUGCCAGAGCUUUUUCUGUUGUUAUGAAGAAUGCAAAUCAGGCUCAUGGAGGAAAGGACGGGUACACAUAGACAUCUUAGAACUAGACUCUUAUUCAAGAGUCUUUUUUCCAACAUCAUUUCUUUUGUUUAACUUGGUAUACUGGGUUGGAUACCUCUAUCUCUAAAGGAAAAUGGAGGAAACUGUGUUUUCACACUUCUUCAAGGACAGUGAACAAACUGACUUUCAGGACACAGCCAGUUUCAUCGUAAGUCUGAAGAUCACUUUACCUUUCCUCAUGAACAAAACAGAUUUUAUUUACACCUUUGGUUGAAAAAGACAGACAUUUUCAUUUCAAGUUUGAAAUAUUUACGAAGUACACACCAGACAGUAUCAUGUAACUUGUGUUUAACUAUUCCUACAUGAUGGGGAAUUUGCUCUUUUCUCUGGGUUACAGAUUAUUAUGUAGCAUUCAGACAAAGAAACUAAGUACAAGCAUUCCGUUGAGGUUUUUCAUUCUUCUAUUUGCUUCACUCUUUCAAUACAUUCUGAGAACAAAUGCUUGUUGGUGCAGGUUUUCCAUGAUGUUUAGCUGAAAUCACCUAUUUUUUCCUUAAGAUGUGUUUGACUCCAGUGGAAAAAACCACUUGAACUUCACUUCAUGGGUUUCAUUACUUUUGUCUUAGGUCUUAAUCUGAAAUUAAGAGUGUGUUUUAAUCUUCUUGUCACAAAGAUAGAGCUGUUAGUCAAAUAAUUUUUCAUUAAUACAAGGUAUAACAUUCAUCUAACUGAUCAAAUACUGCAGGAAAUGAAUCUACUUUGAGAAAAAUACACUUGCAACUUGACAAGACUUAGCUUGUUUACAGUAGUGUAGCAGAUAGUAGUUGAUAAGACAUAAGGUGCACUAUUUAAUAGCACGGGGAAAAUAGCAUUAAUUGCAGACUGAAAGUUUUCUUCCAUACUUUAUAGUUGUUGAGUUUGUUGAGAGUUUUACGUGAUAUUUUCACAGUGGAAAAAACUAUAGAUAAUAUAAUGCAUUCUGCUUGUUUUGCUCAUGCAGAGUACAACUGAUGGAUCUUUAGUCUUAGUUCUGCAUGGGCUAAAAUGAAGGUACUAGUUUUUAUCUGCAUAAGGCACCCAAUUCAUUUCUCAUUAGAGGGUCCUAAUCCGUAUGUGCAUUCUUUUGAUUUCAGUUCUUCCAUUUAAGUGAAUGGGUAAGUACUUGUUGGUGAAAAAU